CUUCAUUCCAACAUUUUUACAUAGCUACUUUAACAACUUAGUUUGUUAUUUUAGUCUGAACAUUUUAUCUAAAUAUACAUUUUGUUAUUUACAGAAACAAUACAGAACAAUAUUUCAACAUUAGGGCAGUAAACAAUCUCUAAAAGCUAUUUUAAUAAAAUACUGAUUUUAAUAAUUCAUUUUUUCGUUUUCGCGGUUUAUAGAUUUUCCAGGUGUUCCCUCUCUGCGCUGGAGCGGGUUUGACCCACAUCUCCCGCGUGACGUCGUGUGUGACGACACUCGACGCUGCACGUGGCGCACGUGGGCUGUUGUUUACUUCCUUCAGGAAAGCUGGAAGUGGCAGCUGAGAGGGAAAAGAGGAGGGGGAGGCGAAGUUGUGAAACAGUUUUCCUUGAAAGUUACUCAGCAUUUCAAAACAAGACACGCAGGUCAGCACUGGGACGAUGUUGAUCUAAAACAAAAUUUUUUUUAAGUUUUUUUUCUCGCAGAAGGACGUGGACAGCACAAAGACAACAAUGCUUCAGCUGGGAAACUUGUUCACUCAUUUCCAUCUCAGCUCCAAAGGUGCAGAGAGCUCAAAUCAGCUGCCAAACCUGCCAGACUUUUUAAAACAUGUGAUGAAAGUCACUGGGCUAAGAAAGGAAGAUGUUUACUGCAACCUUCGAGUUCCCGACCAGUCUCAAGCAGCCAAAGAUGACAUCGACAUUGUCAUUCUCACAGGCCAAGGAGUUUUCUGCAUAGAUCUGAAACCCUGGAGGGGGGCGGUGUCUGCGCACAAUGCAAAGUGGCAUGUUCAGGUGAAAGAGGAGGACCGAGACCUGACCAAUACCUGCAUCGAGCAGAUUGAAGAUCCACUCAAAGCUCUCAUGACUAAAACUUUGAACUUGUGCAACCAUUUAAAGAGGAGCGGAGGUCCAGUGCGCCAAAGUUUUUUCUUCCCCAGGAUAGUCUUCCUCUCCCCAGACUGCAGUUUAGAUGAGGAGCUGAUGAAGAUGAAGGAACUGGUCUUGCACAGCCAGGUAGACGAGUUCCUCAGAUCCUUUAAGGAAGGCUACAUGACCUGGAUUUCAGAUGCUUUGACUCCAUCCUGGAUCUCUGGUCAUCUGUCGUACAAGCAGAUGGAGUCGGUGCGGGAGGUACUGAGGAGUGUGGGAACCUGGGAUCUGUUGCAGCUGCGCCGUGGCGAGCAGCUGAAGGGAGACUAUCAGGGCUGCCAGUACGUCGCCUUCAACCGCCAGGAGACCUGCACGCUGGAGUUCUCCAGAGUCCGGGCCGUGUCUGCUUAUUCGGUGUGGGCCCUAUUGGGACACACCCCUCAGGUUACGAUCAAAAUGUACAAACGCGGUUCUUACGGGUGGCUGGGUAAAUCCCCGAACGCCACCGCUUCCAUCCCCGCCACUUCUUUUGUGAUGUUCAGGAUCAGAGGAGAGGAUGCAGAUUCCAAUAUCUCAGUUAGCAUCAUUGAAAGCAUCACUCUCAGCAUGUGAUGGAGACGGCAUGUAUGACGGAGGACGGCCAUGACAAGCAGGAACUUAAACACAAGUGGGAAAACUUUAUCUGUUAGCACUUUACUAUUAAGCUUUGUGGGGAUUUUUAUAGUCACUUAAAAAAAAUGUCACUUUUUUUUUAUUCUGCAAGUCAUGUUAAUAAAUAUAGUUUUCCCAUGUCUUGAAUUACUAGGGCUGGCACACCCUUCACCUGCUGUUAAUUAAUCAUUAUGCUGGCUGAUUAUGUCACUUCAAUGCAGGCAAUGAGGGUUUAAUGUGUUAAUUGUGGCGGUUAAAAAUGAGUGGCCUCUGGUACGAUGAGGGCCGAGCAUGUUGCUGCUUCUCUGGCUGUAAUGGGAAGUUAUUUAAAGCCUGUUUGGAGAGCAUAAGGUGCUUUAUUAAUAUGCCCCACCACACAGGGGAGACGAGCGUAGCUGCCAGCACCAUUCAUAACUGCAUCUCAGUCACUUUCCAUCAGUUACCAAGCCUGAGCAGCUGCGCUAACAGCUAGCAAUUGUAUUUAGCAGGCCUGGUAGCAGCCAAAAUGAUGUUAAGUCCAUCACGAUAUCACUGCCUUCAGCUAAUUCAAUGAAAGGAGCUCUUUCUGUAGAUGCUAUCUUUUUGGAAGGCAUCUUCGCGUCAAGCAUAAGUGAAUGUCUGCUUGGUUACCUGUGGGAGGAAACUGUUAAUAUUUGCAUUUGUUCAUGCACCUCAUAAUGAGUUGUCCCCUUAGCUCAAAACAUUGUUUACAUGAUGUAGCAGUCAAAAACUGCUACUUCACAGAUUUCAUUUUAGGAUGGAAAAUUAUUGUAAAUUAAAGUGCGUGCAAAUAUAAUAGCUGAACUUUUUGUUGUGCAAAUGCAAAUUAUUUAAAGCAUUUUUUUAUAUAUAUUCAUGCAUGUUCCUUUUUUAAAUGUUUUUGUGAAUAAUCUUUUGAAGAAAUAAACCAUUUGGUGAGUUA